AUGUCUGUGGUUGAUCAAACGGUGUCCAUUCUCCAAUCCGCCGUUAUCUGUUGCGCCACUCGCGGGAAGGGUGAGACAGACCCAGCGGAAGACCCAGACUUCAUUGAUAUAGCUGACGCGAUCCGUGAGGAAGAACAGAUGCGAGAGGAGUGGCAAUGGCUUAGCAUAAGAUGUGAACGGCGAUUAAACGAACAGUUGUGCUUCUAUAAAAAAGAAAUUGCCGAACGCUAUGACGCCAUUAAGGUCAACGCAUCCACAGCUACGGCACCUUCACAGUAUACCAGCUAUGUUCCCAAACUCAUUAGGCGCUUCAUUUAUGAGCGUUUGGGCGGACCUAAAUCGGCAACUCGCAGCAUAGACGACUGCUAUGCGGUUACUGUGUUCUGCGAUGUCAGUGGUUUUACGGCACUGGCUGAGGCGAUAGAACGUUCCGGUGAUCCGGAGGCCGCAGCUACGCUCGGGCGCUCUCUGAACAGUUUCUUCGAUCCUCUGAUCUGUAUCAUUAAUCGCUGGGGUGGUGAUAUCAUGAAGUUCGCGGGUGACGCUGUUCUGGUAGCGUGGAUUGUAACAGAUACGGCCGGCGCUGCGGACUCAACAGAGUCGUCAGAUUCCGAUGCUAACACAGAUAACAGUAGCUUCAGUGGAUCAAAAGAAUUGCAGGAACCGAGUAUUGAGGCUGUCUGGAAACAAUGCGCGUUGGCACUUAAGUGCUGCGAGGAGCUGCACAAGACACUUCACGAAUUCCCAACCAACAUUGAAGGGAAAACGUUGUCGAUGCAUAUAGGCAUGGGUUUCGGCAAGAUUUGCGUCAUACAUGUGGGUGGAUUGAUGGAGCGUUGGGAUUUCGUGAUUGCAGGCAAGCCAUUAGAGGAAAUAGCUGUGGCAGAGCCAUUGGCGUCUACUGGGCAAACCGUGAUGUCACGAUCAGUAUACGAAGUAAUGAGUAAUCACCUUGAGGUUGAUAAAAUUGAGGGUCAUGAAGAUUAUUUCGUCUUCCGUAACUUCGCUGAAGAGGUAGAUGUGUUGCCUGGCGCCAUAGUAGAUGAAACAUUCGAUUUCCCAAUGGAAGCGAUCACCGAAUUCCAACACUAUAUGCCUAGCUACAUAUUUUCGAGAUUACUUUCAGGUUACAGCGUUUUCAACAACGAGAUGAGGCGACUCUCUACCGUUUUCAUAUCUGUGCCGGGUCUAGAUGUGGCGACAACAGCGGGGCGAGAUACAGCGCAUCAACUGAUGAAAAUAUGCCAACGUGCUGCAUAUGCCCUUGAAGGAAGUGUCAAUAAGUUUUUGGUAGACGACAAGGGCGUGGUGCUUUUAAUUUUCAUCGGUUUCCCGCCAGUGUAUCACACAGACGACCCAGUUCGGUCAGUGUUCGUUGGUUUAAAAGUCGCCAAUGAUUGCGCUAAGUUAGGAUUGCACCAUGGUAUAGGAAUAACCACAGGUUCCGUAUGGUGUGGUACACUGGGAAACGACACUAGGCGUGAGUAUACCUGUCUGGGUGACUACGUCAAUCUCUCUGCUCGACUCAUGGCCAUGGCAGCUAAAUCGGAGCAACACCGCAUCAUCGUCGAUGAGGCAACUGCGCGUGCCGCCGGCAGCAUUUUAGAAUUCAUCGAUUUGGAAUCGGUGAAGCUGAAGGGAAAGGAGCAGUGGGUGAAAGUGUUUACUCCCACUGGUAAGGUGCGAAGACUGGACCCACAAGUUCUGCAGAGCUUGACACCACUCGAGACUUGGAGACGAUGGGAUGCAUACAACGAUGUGAAGGACAGGUUAUUCGGCAGCUCCAUGCUGGAGCAUGGCGGUGUCAUGCUGAUAAACGGUCAUAACGGCUGCGGUACCGUGGAGAUGCAAUCCUCCAUCACGCGUUUGGUUAAGAAACAAGGAUAUGCAAAUUGUUUCUCCCUAAGCACCAUGAAAGACGAUUCAUCCGCCAUCUCUAUUGCUUCUGAUUUACAUUUUGCAUGGAGGAAUCUGUGCAAUUCGCUGGUAUCAACAUGGGCAUCCAGCGCCUCACGGAAAGCGAUGAUGGGAGCGUAUCACUCCAAAUACCGAUACGUGCAAUCUGAACAUGGAGUCUCAAAGAAGGCGGUGUCAGACAUUGUCAAAGAGAUGUUGGACCCCGCACUUCACUGGCGUUUGGGGUCAAUAAAACCGUUAGUACUGGGUCUGGAAGUAGAGCCACUACAAAAACUUUUGGGCCAGAGGGUAAUACCACCUCCACAAACAAACCCGGGUAUCAUGGGACUGCUCCAGAGCUGGACAGUUGAAACCAAAGAUGCAGAUGUAGAGUCCAAUUCAGGUUCUGAACAUGAUCUUGACGUGGACAGUGCCGAGAGUGAGGACGAUGAUGUAUGCGACACCACAUUGCUGGACCAAAGGAUUAUGCAGGAACCAAUUGCACCGUUCGUGUCAUCAAUGGUUGAUGGAUUCUCGAUGAGAGAAAGCAUUUGUGUGGUUUUGAACCUCCGCAUGGGUAGUUCUGUUUAUGCCACCAUGGAGGACGACUCAUGGGAGACGGUGUGCCAGUUGGCGCGUCUGGCCAUGGAACGUAGGCGAGAGCAUAUGGCAGGUACAACCAAUUCCAAACCUAUACUUUUCAUCGUGAUCUCACUUCCUCAACACGUUUUCAUACGUUGGCAUGACGAGCUUGUGGAGUUCGCGAAUGAAUGCAAUGCGCUAGUAAAGCUUUCAAAACUUACGCAAGCACAGCUGGCUGACUUCGUCGCCCACGCGCUCGAAUUGGAGAACACUGAUGCUGCACCUGCCGAGUUGGUCGACCAUGUAUAUCAGAAUACAUCCGGUAUGGCCAGAUUUGCUUAUAUGACACUUGAGAAUCUUGUGGAGUCCGGUGCCAUCGUGUUAAACGAGAUUGAGGAAUCUGUCUCUUCGGUUUCUUCAGAUGAAGAGGAGCAAAAUACUUUAUUCAAAAGCUGUGCUAUGCGCCGAAAGGAGAUACUAGAGUUUUUCCGCAUUCCCCGUAGACACAGGAGUGGUUUUGGUACUCUGGAACAAAUGCGUGAGCUUGGUGUUAGCUUCGAGGAACCAGUACGUAAUCGCAAGCGUUUAACGGGAUUAAACUUGACUAAACAAGGUUUGAUUGACGAGAUUUUAUCAUUCGCGAUGAGCAUUGUGGACCGUCUACAGCCUGACGAGCUAUUUGUGGCCAAAGUUGCUUGCGUGUUACGGCCACCUUUUGUGCGUCAGGAUCUUUUGGGAAGCAAUCCACAGGGGUUUGAUGCAGAACAAUUUGAUGCUAUUGUGCGUAGUUUGUUGGCAAACGAGAUCUUGGAGUCGGUAUCAAAUAUGCCCAUUGCCGAGGCUGCUGGACCAAACGUGCAACUUCGUCUUGCUAGCACCGCCAUAGCACAUGUCCUUUCGCAACGUGUUUUGGAAGAGGAGCGUGCCUGGUUCGCUGAUCACUUUGCUCUUGCUUAA